AUGACUGUUGAAACUGCCUUGGAGAUGCUUCAGAACAUGGGAAGGGAUGAUUCUGAUGCUGGGGCUCUAUCGGAGUCGGAGGAAAGUGACAGUGACCGUUCCUGGGUGAAGGAUAGGUCCAACACUUCAUCCUCAUCAGAGAGGGAGUCCGCAGGCCAACAGCGGAAAAAGAGGAGACGACUGUCCUCUAAGAAUUCGGAUCGAAAUAUUGCGUUUAGGCUCGAUGGUCCCUUUGAUGGCGUUGAGCCGGCCACGGCUGAUGUUUGCGCCGGAGGCGGCUGUGGAAACGGGCAGGACGGGACGGCGUGGACGGUGCUUCCUCUGAGUGACCGUCCAGGGAGAACGCAGAGCCAAAACGUCCUGACAGAAGCUGCUGGCCCCACAGCGCACGCACAACGCAACGUUGAAGAUGCGCUCACAGCCUUUGUGUGUCUCUUGGAUGAUGGCAUGCUGAAGCACAUCAGGGACUGCACCGUGGCUGAGGCCCAUCGGCACCUUGGUGACAGCUCCUGGGACCUGACAGUGGCGGAGCUAAAGGCAUUUAUAGCCCUGCUGUAUGUCCGCGGGGCACAGGGUGCAAAACACAUCAAUGUGGACAGUUUGUGGUCAGAAAAAUGGGGCCUGCCCUUUUUCACAGAAACAAUGGCCAGAAACCGAUUCAGAGAGGUCCUGAAAUUCCUGCGGUUCGAUAAAAAAGAAACGAGACGCAUUCAUCUGCAGGAUGACGAGUUUGCCCUGGUGUCGGCAACAUGGAACAAGUUUGUGGCAAACAGCAUAGCUUGUUACAAGCCUGGUGCUGACAUUACCAUUGAUGAGCAGCUGUUCCCCACCAAGGCCCGGUGCAAAUUUAUUCAGUACAUGGGGAACAAGCCUGAUAAAUUCGGCAUAAAAUUUUGGCUGGCUGCGGAUGUGCAGUCCAAAUAUAUGCUGAAUGGGGCUCCGUAUCUCGGUAAAGAGGAGAGCAAAGGUCAGCUCCUGGGAGAGAGUGUGGUGCUGAAACUGGCGGAGCCGUUUCUGGGGAAGGGAAGAAACAUUACGACUGAUCAUUUCUUCACCUCCCUAAAACUAGCCACUGCCUUACAGGCCAAAAAGACCAGCCUGGUUGGCACCCUGGGCGAAGCAAAACGCGAGUGUCCUCCCUCUGUAAAAGAGCCGGCAGAGCUGUUCAGCACCAAGGUGCUGAAAUGUGCUAAUGCCACACUGACCAUUUACCAGGGAAAGCCGAGACAAAAUGUCUGCAUUUUGAGCUCAUUGCACACAAGUGUGGGAAUAACAGAUGGACCGAAGGCAAAACCCGAGUCUGUGACUUAUUAUAAUAACACCAAACACGCCGUAGAUGUUCUGGAUCAGAUGGCGAAGGCGUACUCCGUGAAAGACGGUACACGAAGAUGGCCAGUGGCUGUAUUUUAUAACAUCCUCGACCUGGCUGGAAUAAAUGCACAUGUCCUAUACAAGGAGUGCACCAGCAGCAGGAUUCCAAGAAGGAGGUUUCUGCUGCAGUUGGCAGAGGAGCUGAGAGCAGAGUUCAUGGAGGGGAAGAGGGCAGCAGCGCACGGGGCCGGUCCGCAGCAACAGCCACCACCGCACCUGGCACAAAAACGCCGGCAGUGCCAGGUGAGGAGGAGCUGCAAUCAGAACAAGACACAAGACACCUGCAACACAUGCCGCAAACCCGUCUGUGGCAAUUGUGUCAAAAGACGAGCCGUCACCUGCGUCGACUGCGUUUGAAAAGCCAAAUGUAGCCAACACAUGUGUUUGUAAUUAGUUGUUUCAUGGUUCGUUCUCGGCUCUUUUUGUUAUCAGCUCGGUUCCAGCUUUGACAAUUUGCCUAUUUUCUUUGUCAUUUGUGUUAAAAAUAUAAUCUUAAUGUAUAUAAAAAAGUUAUAGCGCACCAGCAGUAAAACUGCCACAGCAACUGAACUGAGAGCGGAGUUUAUGGAGAAGAAAGGGCAGCGCUGCACACCACAGCAGACACCAGAACGGAGUUAGAGCCGGGUUAGCACACGUAUACACGUUCAAAUGAGCUACUUUUAGAUGCUAUUUGUUAUGUUUCCAUACCAUAUUUUUUAUGAAAUAAUUACGCUACUAUGUCAUGAUAUGAAAC